AUGUUGCCAUGCGGCAACGAUAUCAUCAGUGGGGCUUCCAUCGCAUGUACCGAAAACAACAUUGCUACGCCUAAAGACCCUGACACAGCUGCAGAGCUACAUUGGAAUACUGCCGAUCUGCCUUUGUCAUUGAUCAUUCCCACAUUCGACCUGCCAACUCUGAGCGUACCUGCUGUCACCACUGCAUCCUAUGCCGGUGGUCAAGGUGCACCUACAGCGACAGUAACCGCCCCCAGUGCAACAAUGGAGGAAUCAGCUGGAAAAGCCGGCUUCGAAAUCUCACGACUCUGGAGACUCUGCUUGACUUUACUUCUCAUCAAUCAUGUCUUUCUCUGGGGUCAGUGA